GUAACAUUCCAUUGAGAAGAAGAGGGGAAAGAUGGCGUCCUCUAACAAUCCUCGCAAAUUUAGCGAAAAAAUCGCUUUGCAUAAUCAGAAGCAGGCGGAAGAGACUGCUGCGUUUGAAGAAGUGAUGAAAGACCUGAACAUCACCAGAGCUGCGCGGUUGCAGUUACAGAAGACCCAGUAUUUGCAACUAGGGCAGAAUCGUGGACAGUACUAUGGAGGCUCACUGCCCAAUGUCAAUCAGAUUGGAAAUGGCAACAUUGACCUGCCUUUUCAGAACUCGGUGCUGGAUACCAGUCGGACAACCAGACACCACGGGCUGGUGGAUCGUGUUUACCGUGACCGGAACCGCAUCACAUCCCCUCACCGCCGGCCACUGACAGUCGACAAACAUGGACGCCAGAUUGACAGCUGUCCUUACAGCUCAGUUUACCUCUCCCCACCGCCAGACACUAGCUGGAGAAGGACAAAUUCAGACUCUGCCUUACACCAGAGCGCCAUGAAUCCGAAGCCUCAGGAGGUCUUUGCCGGGGGAUCACAGGAGCUGCAGCCGAAACGAGUACUGCUGCUAACAGUGCCUGGGACGGAGAAUUCGGAGUCAAGUGCAGACAAGGAUGCGCAGAAACAGUUGUGGGAUGACAAGAAGGACGAUUCAUCAACGCCCAACACAUGUGAUGUCCCAGGAAUCAAUAUAUUCCCCUCACCAGACCAGGAGUUGAACCCAUCUGUGCUCCCAGCUGCACACAACACCGGCGGUUCGCUGCCCGAUCUGACUAACAUCCAGUUCCCUCCACCACUCUCUACUCCACUGGACCCUGAGGACAUCGUGACCUUCCCCUCCCUCAGCGCGGCCAACAGUACGGGUAGCCUCACCACAAACCUCACCCACCUGGGCAUCAGUGCUGCCAGCCAUGGAAUCCCCACUUCUCCUCAGCCCACCAUGACUGUGACUGCACAGCGCCGGCAGCCACCUGUGGUGCCACUCACCCUCACCUCUGACCUCCAUCUCCAACAGUCUCCUCAGCAGCUCUCACCCACGCUUUCCUCACCCGUUAACAUUACACAGGUUGUGCCAACAGAGUCAUUGACCCUGGAGCAGCAGCUUUCCCAGUACCCUCUGUUCAACCAGCUGACAGCUCAGGCUCAGGCUCAGCUGAUCAGUGACCUCCAGAAGCAGCAGGCCCUGCCACAAGGCAUCCAGCUCAUUACUUUGCCAACCCUGGCCUCCACUGGUACAGCAUCUGCCACUGCCAGCAGCCCCUCACCAGACAGCCAGACCACGGGAAGCAUGAGCAUCAGCUCGUACCGCAAUCAGACUGGCUCACCAGCCACUCAGUCUCCAACCUCCCCAGUCUCCAAUCAAGGCUUCUCCCCCGGAGGCUCACCUCAACACAUCCCUGUGGUAGGCAGCAUAUUCGGUGACUCCUUUUAUGAUCAGCAGUUGGCGUCGAGGCAGACCAACGCUCUCUCUCAUCAGCUCGAGCAGUUCAACAUGAUCGAAAACCCCAUCAGCUCCAACAGCCUUUACAACCAGUGCUCCACCCUCAACUACACGCAGGCAGCCAUGAUGGGCCUCACUGGAAGCAGCCUACCAGACUCUCAGCAGCUCGGUUACAGCAGCCACAGCAACAUCCCCAACAUCAUCCUAACAGUCACAGGUGAGUCUCCGCCAAGCCUCUCCAAAGAGCUGACCAACUCUCUGGCUGGAGUUGGCGACGUCAGCUUCGACGCAGAUUCUCAGUUUCCUCUGGACGAGCUGAAGAUCGACCCGCUCACCCUGGAUGGACUGCACAUGCUCAACGACCCCGACAUGGUGCUCGCCGACCCUGCCACAGAGGACACUUUCAGAAUGGACAGGCUGUAACGUGAGGUGCUGACUGUGAAACAAAGCGGGAAAAAAAAAAAAGAAAACUUAUUAAUGGAGAGAACCAAAGGGCAGGAUGAACCCUCUUCCUCGUUGCAUGGCCGUCCAGCUGUCCGACUUCGCCCUUUGAAACGAUGCGGCACCAAAAGACAACAAGGGGAAAAAGACAUCCAGCGGCUUGCCGGGGGAUUGCCUCGCUGUCGUUUUGAAUGAGAUUGGUCGCUCAGCGCUUUUGCUAGCCUACUGUGUUUACAGUGUACCAUUACAUGCCACAUAUAUUCCAAAAACGCACAUUUGACCGUUGUUGUUUUCUUUUCAUAUCCACUUUAAUAUUUAUUUUGUUGAUAUUUGCUUGUAGCAGGAAGCUGCUAGGACAUUGGGCGAAACCAUACCUGAUAUAAACGGCCAUGUUUAAAAAAAGAAAAAAAUGAAAAAAAACAUGGUUGCAUUGCUCGUACCUUGCAAUGAAACACAACGGUUUUCCCAUCAUGCCAUAACGGCUUUCUAUUUCACACUUAAAGCUUUAUUUUUGACAACCAAAUGUUAUUUUCAUUGUGUAUUAUAUGUUUUUAUGCUUCAUCUAUUUAUAUGUUCUAUUUAUUUAUUUGGUUAAAAGAUUUUAUAUUCCAUUUCAUAAUUUUAAAUUUGAUGCCAAAAUGUUUUUUUCUGUAGGCAUAGUGUAAAAUUGCACUGAUGUAAUUUGUGUCUAUUUAUUAAUUACUAACAUAUUUAUAAAUGUGUUUAUUAAGCUAUUUGAUUUAUCAAGGAGUGCAAAACCUCCCCAUAGUUGCUCUUUGGUGUUCAGUGUGCCAUUUUCUGAUAUGAGAUAUGGUGAACGUUAACCAUGCUGCAGCCCAACCGUCCAAUCCAAAUAUGACAGUUUUUAGCACCGCUUCAGAAAAUGUUGCGUGCUCUAGAAACGUGUUGGCUUUAAGCCACAUGAAUGAUCUUUUUCUGAGAAAAUCAUCAGGUAUUUCUGUUCAACUAGAACAAAAAAUAAGAGUCCAAAUUUAUUUUCUGCCAAUAACAAGCCAGAAUAUAUACAUAUAUAUAUUCAGACUGACCCCCUUCUCAGUAAAGGAAGGUGUCUGUUUUUAAACCAGAAAUCACUAAAAUCUUUUUAAGUCGUCACUGUGAAAUCACCUGAUUUUGCCUUACAGGAGUAUUCUGCUGUUCUACUUAAGUGUCUAAUGUGACAACGUAUUUUCGUAACUUACUGUAACAUUUUCUUGUAUUUGAGAGAAACUUUUGGUCAGUGAUAUUUGUGGUUACGUUGUGUAAGGUUUAACAGAUCAAUGUACUGUAUUUUGUAGCGGUACACUUUAUAGCCAAAUUGUUGGAUGUUUUCUAAAGUGGGGCAAAAAAAACAAAACAAAAAUAUAUAUAUCAAAGGAGGCUUUGAAGUAUUUGAGAUGGAGUGCAAUUAUGGGGAGGCUUUUGCUCCUUUACAGGGAAGCUCUAACAAAAAUGCAACUGACCUUUGGCUUGUGGGUAUUUCUUACCAAACUACUUAGAUUAAAGGUGGAUGAAAGGAUACUUCAGAGUGUCAAUGCCUCCAAAUUGUUUUCAUAAGCUCCACACUUCCAAUUUUAGAGUUUAUGAAUUUAAGGAUAUGUUUUGUAUAUUGUGAUGUAUAAUGGCUGUGUAGAAAAAGGUUCUGAUUAAGAAAAAAAUCUGAGACUAUUUAUAUACUAAGUGUUGUAUGCAAUCUGAUUUUUCAACAACAAAAUGGUCACCAAACAAAUCAGGGAUGUAGUAGAGUAAAAUCAUUUACAUCACCCUUUCAGCUCCAUGACACAAUCCCUUCUCCCCAGGAACUGAGCAGAAGGGAUUGAAUAUGCAGGGCAGAUUUUAAGCGCAACUUCUCAUUCGGGGUCGGUCAGUCUGCCUAAACCUUUUGUCAGAGUUUCCCUGAGAGUCACAUGUAGUCUGUGGGAUCAUGUUUGUUAUAUUGUAAUGUUUGUGUACAGAUGAAGUAAUAUUUUUACUCAAAGCGCUGAUGGGAAGAGUUCCCAAAUCCCCCCUGCUGAAAAAGGAAUCACGUUUAGUUUACCUCUACAGCUGGACAGUUUGUCGCAGUUGAAGCGUUUUAUUGUCUGCUGUAAACCUUCAUCAGUGGUUUUGUUUGCCUUCAAUGGGCCUGUGAUUCCUAUGCAAAUGAGACACAAAAAAAAAAAAUGAUACUUAAAGGAAAAAUCCACCUCUGAUGUUUUAUUGGUUUACAGAAUUCAUGAGUUUAGCUGGGUUUAUGCUUCUUUUGUGAUGGAAGUUCUUUACACUACAACUGACUUGUACCUCCUCAGAAAUGUAACGCAUGGGAGCAAGCAGUGUGGAGAUGUUGGUGCAUGUUUUGUUUUGUUUUUUUUAAGAGAAACCUCAUCAUUGCAGUCAGUCAGAUUAUGCUGGAUCCUCAAAGGUCAGAGAUGGUAAAUUUCAUGCAGGCAGGAUAAUGUUUUAAGGGUUUUAUAGUUUAUGUUAAAUGAUGCCAAUCUCACUUAAAUUUUCAGGCAAAACCUUGAAUGAGGCUAACUCUCUUUUGAAGGCUUUAAUGUUGUAGUUCUAAUCUAGAAAAUGUAAACUAUCAGGAUUGAAUGCCUGCAGGAUAUUGCGUUGUGGUGGUGCUAAUGACAAUCAACAAGUGCAAUCGUGCCCUGGAAUACUAAUUCAUUUUGAUGCCUGAGAAGCAUAAAUCCAGCUUUAUUUUAUACCUUUCCCCCACUUGGCCUUUUCAGUUCGUAAACACUAACAAUCCUGAUUUUAUUUUUUUCUCCCUUGAAUCUCUCCCUCUGCUGCAGUGAAUUUCUUCCUGUGUGACUGUUGAACAUAGUGCAAAAUUGCAGCUCUGGAAAGAAACCCUUUCCCUCUGACCCUAAAGGACCUUUUGCAUUAUUCACAGGACAAAGAAAAACAUACCACUAAGUUAUAACACACAAAUUCAGCUUCAUGUAAAGCAACUGAUGUUGGAUUUUUCCUUUAAGUUUCUGAAACAAACGUGUAGAAUUCAUUCUCUACAGAUCACGUUUCCAAAGGUUUGUGUACCUAAAAGAUAUUGGGUGUUGUGCGCACUGUUGUGCUGCCAAUAAUGCCAGUGAUUCGAGCUUUCCUGUCAUCUCCUUUCUUUCAUCCUGCUGAAUACUAGUCAUCGAUUCACUGACCUUGUACAUAUGCUAUAGCUGAAACAAAAUGCAUGACUUAACCGACAGUCAAAAACCUCUAAAUGAAGGCCUUCUAUAGCUCUGCAGGUUUGAUUUGUGUAACAUAACGCUAUCACAAAGUCUAAAGGGAUGCAUGUAAGGGUUUCUCCUGUGCGACAGUGAACUCCUGUUAAGUGACUCUGUUACCUCCAUCUCUGUACAAUGCUACUUCAUGAAUGAUAAAAGAAUGUAUUUUAAGUGGCAGUGUCCUAGUUUUAACCCUUUGCCAAAUGACCCGAUGAUAUUUGGAGCAGAGUCCAUCACAGAUGGGUCCAGGCUUCCAUUUCUCUCUCUGCUCCUUCAUUUGCCCCUUUUCCCCUUUUAAGGAAUCAGACUGUUGCUUGUUCCACGCUUUCUCCUCCUACUGUAGCAUCUCUCUGCGCACGAGUAUAGGCGGUCGAUUCUUGUAUAGAAAGACCUCGCAGUCGUUCCGACCCCUCAUUGGCUUUGUCGAGAAACUCGAUGCGGGAUCUGUCAUGCGGAAGUUGCAGAUUGGCACGUGCACUGAUCGUUUGCAUAUGUGAACUUGAAUCUUCUGAAGCUUCUGUGUUACGCAGUCAACUGCAUGACAUGAUAGACACAUUGAGCAGAUUAUUGUAAUAUGUUAUGUACAGGACUUUGAUCUCGCUAUGCUAAAGUGGAGUGCAUUUUAAGACACCAGAUAUGUUUGUUUUUGUUGUUGCUGCCUAUCAUGUCAGGUCCUGGACUGGGUAAAAUGCAAUUGUUUGUUUUUUGUUUUGUUUGUUUUAUGUUUUUGUGUGCAAAGUUUAGACCACUAGUUGCUUCGCACUUUAUUUGUGAUUUCCUGGCUUUUGAGCAGAGACUGUUCUGCCUGACGUGAAUGCUGACUGUUUCACACCAGAUGUAUACUCCGGAAAUAUUUUCAUGUCAAAGAAAAGAUGAAUUCUCUAUUUUCCUUUGUAAACUAUAUUUUGGCUUGUCUUGUUUUUUAAUCUGUGAAGAUCUUAGGGGAUGCAAAACUAGAAAGGGCUUACUCCGGUGCAGCUUGCAUGCUUGUGUUAGAAAGGAAAGGCACUCCGAAUGUAUUUCUUUGUUGGUCAUCCCCCCGAAUCACAUUGAGUCAUUCAAACAGUGACACUGAUUGGCCUUAGUAUUUAGCUGCAAUCUCAAAAAUACUCAAGUGAAGCAGUGAAGUCACACACUCAAGUGAAGUCACACUAGAGAAAACAGGGGUUGGAGACUGUGGCGUGACCAUGUCUGCAAGCUUGUUGCAUUUGAAGUAGUUACUCAAAGAUGGGGACCAGAUCUGCAACCACUUAACAGUCAGUUGCCGUCUUUAAAGCUACUUUGGUGGCAGUAAGAUGGAGUCAGGCUGCUAUCAGUUUGUGAUUGAAUGGGGUCAAAUUGGCAGUAACAUGCCAUCUGUUUGUGACAAUAUAGUACUUAACUGUGAGAAAUCAUUGAAAAUUUCAAAUCUCUUUACCAUUUACAUGCAUAUAAAUUCAUAUUAAACAGAAAUUCAUAAUUCAGAGUCCAGCCAGAACCUCACAGAAUAUAACCAGAAUACAACCAGUUGAGUGAAGUCCCCCGUGUAGAUGAGUUACCCUCAGCGCAGACUGACUCAGGUUGAUUGCAAAGUGUUGGCGACCUGUCUGCAUUUGUAAAUUAGCAGUUAUUUGCAAAUCUUUGACAAUCAAUCUGACUGCAGUUGGGUCACAAUUGUUUAAAGACAGGUUGCCUCCCGCUAGGCAACCUGUGCAUUAGUCGCCCAGGUUAAAGAUGUUGCAAGCUCAACCUUGGAUGCAAGCCACUGAUUUUUCGUAGGUUGCCGUCCUGUUUUUACUCUAGUGUGACUUACGCUGCUACUAACAGUACUGUGCAGUGCUGCAACAUAGUCUUACUUCAUUACAGUAGCUGAAAAUCCAAAAUAUAGGUUACUUAUUUUAUCAUAUUUUCUCCUGCCUAAAAUAUCUACCUGUAUGGGCCUAAUAGUUUAAAAAAAAAAAAAAGGUGUAAAACAGCAUGUACUGGAGAAGAACAUAAACUGAACUCACACUAGUUAGAAAUUGAUGAAUAAAAUGAGUGUUAUAUGCCUUUUUCAUUGUUUAUCUAAAAGUAAUUAUAACUGGUAAAAGACUUGACUUCAUGUAUGGCAGCUAAUACACUUGAGUUUAAAAUUAGUAAAAGAGACUAAAAAUGUAAUGUUUCUCAAUCAGAUUUGAAGUAAUUUCACAAAAUUCUGAGACUAAAUGCGGAAAGCUGGAGGUCCAUUUUUCAAAUAUGAGAUGCACAGAUCAUCUGAAAAUGUAUUUUUAUGUCUUGUACACUAUUUAGUUUUGAGACUUCUGCUUGUUUUAGUCUGAGACGCCACUUACUUGAGGUACUUCUCGACACAGCCCUAUUUUUUUUGUUUUGUUUUGUUUUUUGUGUUAAAACAGCAUAAAAGCUAAAUUUUGUGUCAAGCUGAAAAGGUAGAUGAGUGAUGCCAUCAGUCCCAGAAUACCAGGAAAGAAUUCCUGCUCAGUCUGAACUGCUUGUCCCUGAGAGUUUUAGGUUUGAAUAAAAUGUCCCUUUAAUAAUAUGGGGUUUUAUAAAUGACUCUACAGUUCGCUAAAACAUGUAAAAGGCUCUGGAAAAAAAAUGUUUAAGUUCCACUUAAAGCUUCUAGUGAGAAUAGAAUUAUAUCACUGUUGUCCUGUAAGUUGUAGUAAAAGAACUGUAGUUAUUUAUUUGUUGCCAUGUGAUUCUCUUUACGUGACCAAUUGUUUAUAAGAUGAAAAAAAAGUCAAUUAAAUUGAAUGUGGAAGACAGAUUUUUCUCUGCACAUAGUCUUGAUUUGCAGAAGAUGCCGCUUAAAAAGAAACUCUCGAGUGUCACAUCACAGCGUGUUGCUGUGGACAUGCAUGAUGUUUCAAUCCUGUUGUAUAUUGUCUUUGCUAUUGUUUCUAUUUUGUAAUCUGUAUUUCCAAAUGCAAAUUUAAAAAUUAUUUUGGA